GUCAAAUCAGUCAAAUGUUGUCUGCUGUCAAACAGCUAAACAACUUUGCUGAUAAGUUUUCACGGUUAAUUACGAUGAUAACAUAGAGUUGUGUGGGCAUAUCGAAUAUUUUAUUUGAUAAUUUGCACCGGAAGAGCAAACACGCAUUUGUCGAGUCAAAAUAAUUUUUAUUAACAAUCUAGAACCAUGGGCUGUUGCAUUCUGAAGUCGUCACACCGCUGUUGUUUCAUUCUAUAGAGAUGCUUUUCCCCAUGGGAAGCAAGUACAUGGGCUCGAAUCCUGUAGAGAAAUGGACACGGGAACUUUUGGCUCGUUUCUAACCAAGACCCAACGCCUCAUUCUAGGCUGCUUCGUACUUCUUUUAGUUGAUAUCAUCUGGGUUUCCUCCUCCGAACUCACAAAGUUUAUUUACACCAAUGAAACUUUCGAGAAGCCCUUCUUUUGCACCUACGUCAAAACCUCCAUGUUCACCCUGUACCUCCUCGGCUUCCUUUUUUGGCAGCCGUGGAAGGACAGCUGCUCACGCCCCUCCAACUACAUCUUCGUGGACACAGAGCAAGAGGACGAGAACUACUACACCGACAAUAGCAGUCGCCUGAGCAACCCCGUCUACGUGCCUGUCAAGACCGCCGAGAUCGACAAGAACUCGGGCACGGAGAGCGACGACUCCUCGGUUAGGUCGGUCCGCUUCAACAAGCUGGCGGAAGUGCGACACAUGUCCGAGACCGACGCAACCGAGGCGCUGCUGGCGCGGCUUUCGUACCAGGCGAGCUUGCGCGCGGGCGAGAUCGCCAAGCGGGCGGCGAUCAAGCUUCCGGUCUUGCGGGUGGCGAAGAUAUCGCUCGUCUUUUGUCUUUUGUGGUUUUUAGCCAAUUACAACUACCAGAUGGCGUUGGCGCAAACCGAGGCGGGGGUGGUGAACGUCCUGUCUUCAACUUCCAGUUUUUUUACGCUCGUUUUAGCGGCGGCGUUUCCUUCCAGCGGAAGCGAUAAAUUCACGUUGUCUAAGUUGGUGGCGGUGCUGCUGAGUAUUGGAGGAAUAAUUCUGGUGAGUUUUUCGGACUUGUCGUUGGAAUCGCACGUCCCUUUGGGUGCUUUUUUAUCAUUACUGAGUGCAUUUUUCUACGCGACCUAUUUAGUAUUCUUGAAAAGAAAAGUCGACCACGAAGACAAACUCGACAUUCCUUUAUUUUUUGGUUUUGUAGGAUUUUUCAACCUAAUUCUAUUGUGGCCUCUUUUCUUCUUUUUGCACUUCAGUGAAGUGGAAAUUUUCGAAUGGCCUUCAAAACAACAAAUGCUUUUUUUAUUAUUGAACGGUAUUGUCGGAACUGUCAUCUCAGAGGCCUUGUGGUUAUGGGGUUGUUUUCUUACGUCUUCGCUAAUGGCUACAAUUUCCGUGAGUUUAACAAUUCCACUGACAAUGUUAACCGAUAUAAUUUUGAAGAAAGUGGCAUACCCGUCUCUGUUUUACACGGGGACCAUACCGAUGAUAGUGGCAUUUUUUGCCGUUACCAUUCUCUCGCACUAUGAUAACUGGGACCCUGUACUUGACGUCAUACGUUGUGCCUACUUGAGCAUAUGUCGGAGGACGAGAUUCGUACGUUUUAGGUUCGCCGAAAUGCCGUCAGAACAAACCGAGGCCCUUAUUGGCAUCAACAGUAACGAGCACGAGGCGUAAAAUUCUGAAUCCUUUUUUCUGUGGUGCUUUCAAAUAUUAUGUGAUAUUGAAAUUUUUAUUUUGUGAUGUACAACUUUGUUUAUACUUAAAAGUAUUUUCGCUUUAGUUUUUGUCACUGAUGUUGAAGAUGUUUAAGAUAACUAUAGUAAGAAGCACGUACUAUGUUCAAGGAGAUAACUUUAGACAAUAUCUAAUAUACUAUGUACACUGUAAUAAUUGUAACUUGUUCGGUAGGCCUUCACGAUCUCAACUCUAACAUUUGUAUGAAGUAAAAUAAAUAAAUUUUAUGAUGUAAAUACAA